UUAAAAGCCUCGCGUGCUCCUCGGCGGCAGCAGCAGUCAGUCCCAGCUCCGCUUCAGCCCAUCCGGUUGUGUUCCCCCCCGCUGCAGGAAAACGGGAUUAUUUAAGCGCUUUUAAGGCUUUUUUCUUCUAACCGGAAGUGUGAGAAGAUGCGACUCAUCCAGAACAUGACGACCAUCGCGGAGUGUACGGCUCCCGAGUACUCGGUGCCGAGCCGGGUCAUUAAAAUCGCUGUUAUUGGAGGCAGCGGUGUGGGGAAAACCGCGUUGGUGGUGAGGUUUCUCACCAGGCGUUUCAUCGGAGACUAUGAGCGAAAUGCUGGUAAUCUGUACUCCAGAGAGGUCCAGGUGGACGGAGAUCCGGUGACCAUUCAGGUGCAGGACACUCCUGGUGCAGAGAUGACUGGUGAUGGCAUCAGCCUGCCUGACCAUGCAGCCUGCUCCAUCCAGUGGGCCGAUGCCGUGGUGCUGGUGUACUCCGUGACCGACAGGGGCAGCUUCGAUUUGAUCGAGAACUUGCACCAGCUGGUCGUGCGUGCCGGAGGGGCCGGUAUCCCGCCGGUGAUCCUGCUGGCGAACAAGGCAGACCUGUUGCACCUGAGGCGUGUCGAUUCCCAGCAGGGCCCUUUGCUGGCGGGAACUCUGGGCUGCUCCUUCUACGAGGUCUCCGCCAGUGAAGACUACAACCAGGUGCAUGGGGCUUUUCACAGGCUUUGCUGCCAGCUGGCCAAGCAGCCACCCUCACUCGCCAGCUGUUCAGCCAGCGCCACUACAGAAAAGAGGAGAUCACCUCUGAUCCCCCGGCCAAAGUCUCCCAACAUGCAGGAUCUGAAGAGGCGCUUUAAGCAGGUGCUGUCUGCUAAAGUCCGAACUGUCACCUCAGUGUGAGGAGGAGGAGGAUUGGAAGCUGAAACUGGCCCAGAGUGGUCAGAUCAAAGAUGACCGGAGUCUGUCUCCAUUAAAGUCCUGUAUCAGUCUGAGUGAUGAAGGCAGGUGUGACAUGAACGGAUAAAGCUGCAGGUAGACUGAUCUUUAGGCAGGCCUGUUGGUGGGUGGCGCCUGUCAUGUCUGAUAAUGUGUAAAGAAAGCAGGGAGGAUCUGCUAAGACAUUUGAGGAUGGAUCCAGCCAACCGCAUAUAAAUGAAAAUAAAAACGGUUUAAUCCAGCUCUCCUGGCAACAGCAGCUCUGAAGUAUGGCUUAUUUUUAGCAGAGCGGUUCAUUGUCAAGCUGCCACUAGAUUGGCACCGUUAAAGGUUGGCAUUCCACCAACCACUCAAAGCCGGGACUCCGUGGAGCUGAGUGUAUGCCCAGUCUGGUAUGUGAAGAUAUACUUGGUGUUUGAGCUUUCAGCAUCACCACUGUGCAUGACAGAGUGAUGAGGUAUAUGAGGGUGGGGCAACAGACACCGGCUGUAGCACGGGCUGAUUACGACCACUGUUGCACUUUAUGAAAGUCCAAAGGGCCUAUUAUUUGGUACUGUUUCUCUUUGUGCACAAUAAAAAAAUAAGUUAAAAAUUGUUUCUGAAUUCUGUUCCACCUGCACAUUAAAAAAGCUGCAACAUCUUUAUUUUAUCCCUGCGUCUGCAUGUAGAGUCUGCGCUGUCCUUGAUUGUCCCAGUGUGGAGGGGAUGACGCACACAGACUCGUCUGACCUGUCUAUACCGGCUCUUCAAAAAGGCCUUGAGGACAAAACAGCGCAAUGAAAAGCUUCAAGACAAUGGAGCGAUGACUAAACAGCUGCCUUUUGAAUCUGUUGGUCUGAUGAAUGCAAAAGCCACAGCUUUAAAAA